CUUCAUCCGCAUCGUCUCCGCAUCCGCAGAGAGAUCCGUUGAAUCCCAUUUCGCGGACUUUCUUCUCCCAUCCCAGUGCUUAGACAGAGGACACCUGUGAUUCUGCAGUGUGACCGUGAGGAUUAGUGCGUGCGUGAGGGGUCGUUCGUGAGUGAUGGAUUGUCGUAGGGGAUGCAGAGGAUCCUACUGGAUGCUCUUGACGAUGGCUCUCUACUUGCAUUUGCUCAACUUUGCUCUCAACGUCCUAGCUAUGCCGGAGCUAUGGGCUGUGGCCGGCCGGCGAGCCUCCUUGCCGUGCAACCUGUCGGAACCGGAUGACUCGGUCACCCUCAUUUUAUGGUACAAGGGUGAAACGAAGGCUCCCAUCUAUACUCUGGAUGCGAGGAAAGGGGCACUAGAAAAGGCCCGGCACUUCCCCUCAACAGAAUUAGGCGCCAGAGCUAAUUUUGUGAUGAGCAAUGACCCACCGACUCUAGAACUAAAUCCGGUAUACGCUGAGGAUGAUGGCAUCUACAAAUGCAGAACAGAGUUCAAAAGAUCUAGAACAUUAACUCAACUUGUUCGUCUGCAUGUCAUUGUUCCCGUACGCGAAGUGAUAAUCAUGGACGAACAUGGUCAACGUCUGCGUGAUAUCAUUGGUCCUUAUGAUGAGGGAUCUCAUGUUUCUCUAAUUUGCGAAGCUGAAGGUGGUAUUCCACAUCCUACCGUUACAUGGUGGAGAGAAUCAGUUUUAAUCGACGAUACCUUUUCUCAGACAAGCCAAGGGUAUGUAAGGAACGAGCUUGCCCUUCACAAAUUACACAGGAGUGACCUAUUGGUGACAUAUUCUUGUCAAGCAACCAACACAAAUCUCACCGUACCAGUAUCAGCAUCCGUUACCAUUGACAUAAAUUUGAAACCGUUAGACGUCCGAAUAACGAGUAUCCAGAGGCAUUUCUCAGCUGGACGCAAGGUCCAGCUUUCCUGCGAAAGUUCCGGAGCUCGCCCCAGGGCGCAACUGACUUGGUGGCUGGACAACAAGCGCAUUCAGUCCGGGAAGGAAACGGUGUCAGAUAACCUGACAUCUAGUAGUUUGACCUACAUGCCGAAGGCGGAGGACAAUGGCAAAAUAUUGUCCUGCAGAGCGCAGAAUCCUGCUCUAUCCAACAGCGCCAUUGAGGAUGGCUGGACAUUAACUGUGUAUUUCGUUCCGGAGCUCAAGUUGUUCUUGGGAGCCAACAUCCAACCGGACGCCAUCAAGGAAGGCACUGACGUGUUCUUCGAAUGCAAUGUCCGGGCGAAUCCGUGGGUAAACGAGGUAAAGUGGCGGUUCGAAGGUUUUCCUCUCUAUGGGAACACCUCUGCCGGAAUCAUUGUCUCCAACCAUUCUUUAGUGCUGCAGAAAGUCAGAAAGGAACACAGGGGAUGCUAUCAGUGCGUGGCUGUCAAUUCAGAGGGGGAAGGACGAAGUGAAGAAGUUAUGCUCAAAGUGAAAUAUGCACCAGUAUGCCGAAAUCCUAACGUAGCAGUUCACGGUGUAGCAAGGUAUGAAGCUGUCAAUGUAAGCUGCGAUGUUGAAGCUGACCCUCCUCAAGUGAGUUUCCGUUGGGCCUUGAACAACACCGUCGAGAAUAUUGACAUUCCGUCAUCCACUUCAGAUGGUACUACGAGUACCGUUGUAUACACCCCUCGUACGAUGCUGGGAUAUGGAGCGCUCCUCUGUUGGGCUCAGAACGAAAUUGGACAUCAAAAGGAUCCUUGCGUAAUUCGAAUAAUACCUGCAGGGCCUCCAGAAUCUGUAAAAAGUUGCACUGUGUCCAAUCAAUCAGUAUCACUCUUAGUCGUAGAGUGUGAACCAGGAUAUGAUGGUGGAAUGAAACAGUCUUUUCAUCUUGAAGUUUACAACUCAGCGGUUGAGCACCUUCAGGCGAAUGUCUCCUCCCAGGAGGCACCCGUGUUUCAAGUUGGCAAUCUGCCUCCAUCAACUUCUUUCAUCCUUGUCUUGUACGCUUCCAACGCCAAAGGACGCAGUAAUUCUGUAGCCCUCAUGACCAACACAUUAACUCCAGCAGAACGCAGGACAGAGGAGGAAGCCACAAAUGCUGCGAAAGAGGAGGCUUCCAAUGUAAGUCCUUUAUUAGCAGUUCUUAUAGGCGUCGUUGCAGUUCUCGUUGUUGUUGCAAUUGCAAUUAUAAUUGUGAUGCGGAAACAAGGAAGAGAUAUUGAUAAAAGACCACCAGCACAAGAUAAUGUUAUAAAAUGUGACAUACCACUGAAAAAAGACAGCGACGACAUACCAGAUUCGACAGUAGAAAGUCCAGACGUCAUACCUAACACUAAUGACUCGCAAGUUUAUAUCGCAGAUACGGGAGAAAUCAAUGGAAAGGACGAAACGACGUACGAAUUCUUCAAAUCAAAAGAUUAUCCUUAUGAUUACAUAACAGCCGUAAGACCACAAAAAACUGCAAAGAGAGAAGAAGAGAUCACAUAUGCUGAACUGGCUCACAAAGAAGCUCAAUGUCCGAUGGUGAAUCGCACGCAACCGCCCACAGAAUAUGCUGAAUUAGAUUUUCAGAGGAGAGUGCAAACGUACCCAUGGCCACCCUCAAUCAGGGAUGACCCAAUGAGAUCCUCUCUUGAGGCUGGGGAAUUUCCUCUCAUUGGAGGAGGGGUAUCACACAAGAGUAAAGAGAGCUUGCACAUUCCUGAAACAACUACAGAAACGACACCUUUGUGAAAAUAAUAUUAAUUUCUCCAAAGUGUUCAUGAAAUAUUCAAACCCUGUGCCACUUUUCGCCAAAGACAUUUCCUAUUCAUGGAAAUGGGAUGAUCCCUAUUGUAUUGCAUGGAUGUUGACUUAAAAAUGAAGUAUUUCUGAUUGCACACUUGUUAUUAAGACACCCGUCCUCUGAAGAUGCCUGCAUUUGUGAUUGAUUGACAAAGACUUAGAGAAAAACAUUCCAGGAAAGAAAAGUGUUUUUAGUCGCUUGAGACAGAGUUCGAAAGUCAAAGUAUUUCGAGCGAAAAAUACGAAUUGUUGAAUGGAUACCAGAGCUUUUAAAAGUGCAUAGGCAUUAAGGUACACUUGCCAUUGUAAUUUAUGAAGGUUUCUGUGAUUUUUGGAAAAGUUUGAGAGAUUUUACUGUGACAUAGUGGCUUUUGUUAAUUUCUCAAGGUUAUAAAACGAACUAUAAAGAAACUUGAUUAAAAGAAUCACUAAAUGUGUUUUCCCGAAUGAUGAUACGUCGAUAAAAUAAUCAACUAUGAAUGAACAUGAAAUACGAUCAAUUCUAGGAGGGAUUCUAGCUCCUAUAUUAUGCUCAAUUUAAACCUCAGUUGCAACCAACAGAAUUAUUGAGGACAUUAAAUGGAAGUAUGGAUACUUCAUACUGAUUAAUUUUCAUCUGCACAACUUACAGAAUUUCAGUUGAUGGAGCUUAUAACUCAUUGAAAUGUUGCUGAAGGAACAAUAAUUAGUGGCUAGUGGUUCCAGUUUAAGCAAUGUUUAUAGGAAUAAACUAUUCUGUGUGGUGCUCUUUUAAUAAAUCAGAAUGUCAGAUAGUAUAUUCAAAGUGGAUCAUCUUUCACUGUGAAGUAGAUCUCACUUUCUUCCGAUACUGUGGAAAAAUAAGUUGAUGUCGUAACAUUAUAAAACAAGUUCAGUUCACCUACUCAAGCUCAUUAAAACUUUCGUGCGUCUUUCAUCUUUUUAACAUGAAGCAAAAGGAAAAUAUGAUGAAGGAGAAGAUCUCCAGUAAAGUUCUGCAUGCAAAUCUUCAAUCAUCCAGUCGACGAUGUCUACAGUAAUUAUGUAUCUUCAAAGGAGUUUAAAAUUGUUGAAUUCAUAAACUGGUUAAAAGCUUAUUUGAAUUUUUAAACCAAAAAUAUUGAGAGGAUAAUUUAUCAAAACUCAAAUUCAUUAAAUUUUAGACUUUUAAAACCACAGGUUUAAAGUAUACAACGUCAAAUUAUAGAGUUAGUGUGUUGUUAUAGGCUGAAAUGCCCAAGACUUGGAAAAUGAGAACCUAAAUUAUAUAUGUAUUAUUUAAAAAGAAGCCAAAUAUCAUUAAAAGUAUAGUAAAGUUCAAAAAUAGAAUCAAAAAAUUCUUUUUAACAAUUAAUAAUUUAUUAUUGUUUUAUUGCAGUUUAAUUAAAAAAAUUUAUAGCAUCUAAUCCGAAAAUUAAUAAUAAA